CAUGGCGUUGCCUUUCCCUCGACGGGCCGAUGUGUGUGCGUGUGCUUCGGCUGCUCUCCAAUUGGAAUGCUCACGGCAGUGGGCUAGUUCUGGUUCAGUUCAGUUUUCGGCCCAGGCACACGCGCAGCUAAUUGAUGUUGAUUGAAGAGGCGGACGAAAACCGUGGUCCACGCAAACACUUUUCACUCGUGGCUCGAAUACGGAUUCGCGGAGUUGGACGUUCGCUAGUGUGAUCGAGACUAAUUCGAGCAGUUGGCCAGUAAUCGCGCUCUUCGCCGCGAAUUGGAGACGAGUUUCAUAUGAUUCACUUCGGUUUUGGAGCGGCGGCGGAGCGGCCAUAAACAAUAUCCCCAAUCUAGAGCUGGAAGUAACGUCGAUGUCACAUCGAUACAUCGAUGUUUCUCCAGCUGUUGUUGGGGCCAGCUUGCAUUAGAUUUGCAUAUUUCCCGCGUUGUGCAUCGUCAAAAACAUCGUAAAGCCACAAAAAGUCUGUAUAAAGAUUAGGCAGCCGAUCUUGACGUGAGAAGGAGACAAAAUGGAACGAAUAACUGAUACACCGAUCAAAAAUAGAAAAAUCCGGAAACUGAGCAAUGUGGAAAUGACGGAAGUGCAACUAAAUGAUGCCAGAAAUAACGUGGAAACUGGAAGCUCUCAUGGAACCGAAGAAACCAAAUUCAACGACAGCAAUGCAGAGGAGCCCCCAUCAAAAUGGUUUAGGUCCAGACUCUUCAUCAUAUCGCUCGUGUUUUCGUGCCUCCUGAUCACAGCCAUGUGUAUUGGCUUCGUGGUCCACUAUGGGAUGGCUGAAGAUGUGGGCGACAUGGAUACGGUGAACUAUUGGCCGGUGAAGCUACCCAAGGAGCAGCAGGAAUGGUACGAUCAAGGAAUUAAGGAGCUACAGAAAGCCGUCUCGAGAGACUUUAAUCGGCGCCGUGCCAAAAAUGUUAUUCUUUUUGUUGGCGACGGAAUGGGUCCGAAUACAGUGACCGCUGCCCGAAUAUAUGGAUUCAAAGAGGAGGGUCUCCUCAGCUGGGAGCACUUUCCCCACAUGGGGCUACUAAAAACUUACUGCGCGGAUAAACAAGUGCCGGAUUCCUUCUCGACAGCUACGGCUCUCUUUGGCGGCGUGAAGGUUAAUUACGAGACGGGUGGAGUGGACUCUAAUGUGCCUCUGGGAAACUGCACAGCCUCCUUGCAGCAGGACCACCACGUACAGACAAUCCUGCGAUGGGCUCAGCUGGACGGAAUGCGUACGGGCUUUGUGACCACCACCAGGGUAACGCAUGCCACUCCCGCUGCUCUCUAUGCCCAUGUACCGGAUCGUCGUUGGGAAUGUGAGACUGGAAUGACGCCAGAGGCCCGGGAUCAAGGUUGCAUGGACAUCGCACGACAGCUAAUCGAAAUGCCCACGGGUCAAAAGAUCAAUGUAAUUAUGGGUGGAGGUCGUCAAAUGCUUGUGUCAAAUGUUAGCCACUCGGAUGCCGAUCCCUUGGACACUUGGGCAAGCAAGUCAGCAGAUGGAGAUCUCAUCCGGGACUGGAGACGGAAGAAAGAAGCUGCAGGAGAGGCACAUGCCGUUAUCCAAAACAAUCGUGAACUAUGGAAUCUCAAUGGCCAGGAGGUUGACUACCUUCUGGGCAUCUUCGCCAAUGGACACCUAAUGUACGACCACGAACGGGAUCGAGGCGAUUCCGGAAUGCCAUCACUUUCGAAUAUGACCCUCAAGGCGCUCGAGGUGCUGGGAAACAGUGACAAGGGAUUCCUACUUGUCGUGGAAGCCGGGUUAAUCGAUCAAGCUCAUCAUAGGGGUAAGGCUCGCAAGGCCCUUCAUGAAGUUCUCGAACUCAGUACGGCGGUAGAAUCUACACUUAAGUUCCUCAAGUCAACAGACCGUCUGGAUGAAACACUGGUCAUUGUGACCGCCGAUCAUUCGCACAGUCUGACCAUAAAUGGACACCCAGAUCGGGGCUCCAGUAUACUGGGACUGGCGGGCAAAUCAAAGACGGAACAGACACCCUAUACCACACUCACAUAUGGCACCAGCUACGAAGGAUUCCAAGUGGAUCCCACCACUCAGAAGCGCAAAAAUCCCACAGAAAGCAAUAUUCAGGACUGGGAAUACACCCAACAGGCAGCCAUUAAUACAGAUGAAAACCUACAUGGCGGAUCGGAUGUGACAAUCCAUGCAGAAGGUGCCAUGUCCUACCUGUUCCAUGGAGUGCACGAACAGAGCUACGUGGCCCACGCCAUUUCCUAUGCCUUGAGGAUCGGACGAUUCCGAGACAGCUCCAUAGCUGAAACGCUGGCUGAGCUGACGCCGCUUUAAUUUUUGUAAUAUGUAAGCUUAAUACUAUCACUUCUUGCCAAGUUUAAAAUCAGGGAUUAAAUACUUAAGUUAAGAAUUAGAAAUGGUUAUGGUUUUUGGUUUCUUCAAUUGCGUGAG